GUGGGCGCGUUGGCGUGCCAGCGGGACUCGUACCUGCAGACACUGAGGACCACGGUAUUGCGCUGCACGCCCAAGCCUGCUGCGGAGGCAGCAGCCGCCGCCUCGGCGGCUGGGCCGACCAAGCAGCUGUACGAGGUGGAGCUCGAGGACACGGUGCUUUUCCCGGAGGGCGGCGGCCAGCCGGCGGACACGGGCACGAUCCGGGCGGUGGCGGGGUCCGCUGCGGAGGCUCCGCCCGUCCGGGUGCUGGACGUGCAGCGGCGGGAGCUCCGUGCGGUGCACGUUGUGGACGGCCCAUUGGCGGAGCAGGCGGAGGUGGAGGUGGCGCUCGACUGGCGGCGGCGGCUCGACCACAUGCAGCAGCACACGGGCCAGCACCUUCUCUCGGCGGUGCUAGACGGGCUGCAGCUGCCCACGCUGUCGUGGAGCAUGGGUGCCCCCGCCAGCUACGUGGAGGUGCCGCGGCGGCUCAGCGACGCCGAGGUGGCGGCGGUCGGGCAGGCGGUGAACGACGAGAUCCUGCGCAACACGGCCGUGAGCGUGGCCACUCCCGGCGGCGAGCCCGAGGGCGAGAAGGGGGCGCUGCGGGUCGUGAGCAUCGGCGAGCUGGACACCAACGCGUGCUGCGGCACGCAUCUGUCGAGCGUGGGCCAGGUGAAGGCGGUGGCGCUGCUGGGCCAGACCAAGGGCAAGGGCGGGGCCAGCCGGCUCGGCUUCGUGGCCGGCGACCGCGUGCACCAGUACGCCGGGCAGCUGCACGAGGUGGUGCGGCGCGUCGCCGGGACGCUGAGCAGCAGCGUGGACGAGCUGGACGACCGGGCGGCGGCGCUGGUGAAGCAGUGCAAGCGGCUGCAGCACCGGGAGAAGGCUCUGCGCCGGGAGCUGGCGGCGCUGAAG